AACCGCGCGGCGCGGUGGGGGAGGGCGGCCCGUGUGUGUCUGUGUUGUUGUUCCGCGGCAGCGGCGGCGGCGGUAAGAUGGCUGCCCACGGGGGCUCCGCGGCGUCCUCGGCGCUGAAGGGGUUAAUCCAGCAGUUCACCGCCAUCACCGGUGCAAGUGAAAGUGUAGGGAAACAUAUGCUUGAAGCCUGCAACAAUAAUCUGGAGAUGGCAGUCACAAUGUUUUUGGAUGGUGGUGGAAUCGCUGAAGAGCCCAGUACCAGUUCAGCAAGUGUCUCUUCUGUUAGACCACACACAGAAGAAGAAGUUCGUGCCCCAAUUCCUCAAAAGCAGGAAAUAUUGGUAGAACCAGAACCUUUGUUUGGUGCUCCUAAAAGACGGCGGCCUGCACGUUCAAUAUUUGAUGGUUUUCGGGAUUUUCAAACUGAAACUAUUCGGCAAGAACAAGAGUUAAGAAAUGGAGGAGCCAUAGAUAAGAAACUAACUACCCUGGCAGAUCUGUUUCGGCCACCCAUUGAUUUGAUGCAUAAGGGCAGCUUUGAAACAGCCAAAGAGUGUGGGCAGAUGCAGAAUAAGUGGCUGAUGAUAAACAUUCAAAAUGUACAAGACUUUGCAUGCCAGUGCCUCAACCGUGAUGUAUGGAGCAAUGAUGCUGUGAAAAAUAUUAUCCGGGAACAUUUCAUUUUCUGGCAGGUUUAUCAUGACAGUGAGGAAGGUCAGAGAUACAUACAGUUUUAUAAGCUAGGGGAUUUCCCCUAUGUUUCCAUCUUGGAUCCACGGACAGGUCAGAAGCUAGUAGAAUGGCACCAGUUAGACGUAUCUUCUUUCUUGGACCAAGUGACAGGAUUUCUUGGUGAACAUGGGCAACUGGAUGGACUUUCUAACAGUCCCCCCAAAAAAUGUGCCCGUUCAGAGAGCCUUAUAGAUGCAAGUGAAGACAGCCAGCUAGAAGCUGCCAUCAGAGCCUCCUUGCAAGAAACACAUUUUGAUUCAUCACAGACAAAACAGGAUAGCCGCUCGGAUGAAGAAUCUGAAUCUGAACUUUUUUCUGGCAGUGAGGAAUUUAUAUCCGUUUGUGGCUCUGAUGAAGAAGAUGAUAUAGAGAAUCUUGCCAAGUCCAGAAAGUCUCCCCAUAAAGAUUUGGGGCAUAGAAAAGAGGAAAACAGAAGGCUGCUAACUGAGCCCCCACCCAGAACUGAGCCUGGAACAACCACAAACCACCAAGCAUUGUCAGUCAUGGAUUCAGAAAUAUUAGAGAUGUCACCUGAGAAAUCAGAUGGAAUAGUGGAGGGCAUAGAUAUAAAUGGACCAAAAGCACAGCUGAUGUUGCGGUAUCCAGAUGGAAAAAGGGAACAAAUCACUCUUCCAGAGCAAGCUAAAUUGCUUGCUUUGGUGAAGCAUGUCCAGUCUAAAGGAUAUCCAAAUGAACGUUUUGAACUUCUCACCAACUUCCCUCGAAGAAAACUCUCUCAUCUGGACUAUGACAUAACAUUACAAGAGGCAGGCCUUUGUCCUCAAGAGACUGUCUUUGUACAGGAAAGAAAUUAACAUCAUGGCCUGACCUCUCUCAGCUUACCCCUUUUUUCCCUUUUCCUGUGAGAUACCAUGUCACUGAGUGUGCAUUUUGGUUCGUAGGACCAUAGAGCCAAAGUUGGGCAAGCGAGUCACCUGCCUUCUCUUUUAUUCCUUGCUCUCUCCUAUAAAUCUUUUUCACUUCCUACCCUCUUUUUUUCCCCCUCCUCUCCUAUUUUCAUCUUUUUCCUACUUUUCUUUCUUUCUUACCUAAUCAGGUGACCAAAUGGAAGUAUAAGGAUAACACCUCCUAGUACUGGCAGCAGGAAAUGUGUGUUCCAAUAAGUGGUCUUUUGGCAUGGCACUUUUUCGGGAUCAAAUGAUAAUGUUACUACUCCUCAGACUCCUUUGGUAAAGGAAUGGCUAGAUUCAGAAUAAGAACAACCUCCCUUUUUUGUAAGCCCUGUUUUUAGUAGGGGAAAAAAAAUUCUCUAACAUGUUUUGUUGUCCAUGUAAGAAAUAUCACAACAGAAUAUCUAGGCUUUUAUUUACAUCGAAAAAGUAUCUCUUAUAAUUAUUAUUCAUCUCAUUUAAAAAUCAUUUUGAAGGAUUCCCAUCCUCCCAAGCUAGAAUUAUUUCCAUGAAAUGUGUUAUUGGCAAAAUGAGUGUUAAAUGUUGGGCGAGUAGCAUGGGUUGGCAUUCAAUAACCUAGCCUGAGACAACUUUCUUAGUUACUACUCUGUAAACUAUAUUGAUCCUGCUAGUCUCAGAGUGGACCUUUAGUGAGCAUAUUGUGGUGACUGGGAUAAGAAGGUGCUUGCUGUUUUUGCCAGUAUGGCAUAUUAAUUCCUUUGGCCCUCCCAUUGUCUGGGUCUACAGGUGAUCUAUAGGAAGGCAGCUAUUCAAUAAUCAUGCAGUACAGUGGCUUGUAGUUUAACCACUAUGGUUAUUGAUUGUCCUAUGAGCUUUAGGCAUACUUAUGUAUAUCCUGGGGGGAAAAAGAAAAAGAUGCAGCUGAGAGUAGCUAACUAUGUUCCUUUGGUUGGAAUUAGUGAUUCAUUUAUUACCCCUGGUUGAACAGUCUCUAAAAGGCUCUGGUGACUAAAUGAGCUUAAAUCCUCAUGCUUUUUCUUGCUAAAGGUCUCAAAAUUGAAAGUCUAAGGGAAAAACCUUUAAAUUAAAUCCAUAAGACAACAUUUAGUAAGGGAGGUGCUAGUAGUCUUCAAAUGUCGUGGAGGUUUUUCUGCCUACAAAAGCCACAUUCAAAUUGUAGUUGGUGAAAGCUUUUCUCAGUUUUGUUUAGAUUAGCCAUCUUGAAUCUCCAUAGCACUACUCAACUUACCAGCUUCAUUAUAUGCUUAGUUCUUAUUUUGAGCUUUAGUCUUCUGAUGAGGUAGUGGUGAUUCUGGUGGCAAAAUGAGAACUUUAACUUGCUAUAAAACCAUAAUAUAAAAUGGGGAUUUAUAUUGAUUGAUCCUUCUACUUGAGGAACAUAAAUUGCUCUUGCUCAGAGACCUUUAAGUUCCCAUCUAUUUUAAGAUCAUUCACUUGGUGACUAGGGGAUUUUAAACAUGCUUAUGUGUUGCUAGUACUUAAUUAGAGAAUAUGAUUUCUAAUGGUUGAAUUUUGAGGGACCCACCCUAAAGAACAAGUAAUGUUUCUCCUCAAAAAUAAUCAUGGAAAAUUCUGUUUAUUCUUCAGUGAGUCCUUUUGGAUUAAUGUUCUUACAUUUUUUCUAAGUGUGUGUAAGUGCUUAUGUAUAAGUAUAUAAUUGUAUAAAUAUUUAUAAAUAUAUUUAUAUAAUUACAAUUUCAUUUAUAUCUUGAGUCAAAGUUCUCUCUUUAGAUUGGUGACUGAGUAAUACCACUUUGAUGUUUUUUCAUAGGCUCUUGAGGCUAACUAGCAGCUUCUGAAUUAUUGAGGAAUCAUGGUUUUCAUGUUAAUUCCUUAAUUGUAUCUGAAUUUGGAUAAUAGACUUACUAUCUAAGGAAUAGAGCUGUAUACCAUCGAAGAUGCAUUAGAGGGUAAAAAGACUGUUGGUAGUAGGCAAGGUCAAGAAUCUAAAAAUUCAGGGAGGUACAGGGUAAGAAGUGAGGGUACGCCCAGUUUGGGUGCCAUGGCACCUGUCUCCACUCAGCCAAGUCACAGCUAAAGCCCAAAUCUGUCAAAAAUGUGAAGUCAAGAGCUUUCCCUGUAGGACUUUAUUUUAUUCUUUUACCUAUUAGCUUCUCUUUAUAAAACAUAUCUAGGGAACCUGAGACAACAUGUCCAUUAAUGAUAGAAUGUAGUUCUUUUUGAUAAGCUCAGCCCUAGCAUAUCCAUGCAUGAGAAACCAAAGUGACUUUUUCAACUGUGAAAUGACCAAGUAUAUAUAUAUAUAAAGGAUUUAAGUAAGCAUAUUAAAGAGAUGGGGCAUGAGAUACUGACUCAACUUAGAGACAGCUGGUGUUUAGAAUAUACAAUCUAAAGGAUUUUAUUUUAUUUUAUUUUGAGGCAGGAAUGUAAUUUUCCUGGGCUUGAAAUAAAGGCCAGUGGGAUGGAGGAAUUAUAGAUUGUACAUGGGAAGAGUGAAUAAGGAAUGUUGCUUUACUCAAGAACUUAAUCCACUUCCUCUAAUUUGUCUUAUUUUCUCUAUAAAUUCCUUUGCUUUUUGGAGAAGUUUUAUUGAAUAGAUUAAAUGAGGUUAGUAAAAUAAUUAAAAAUUAGCUUAAAAUAGUAAUUCCUUGUAGGUAUUGGAAACAGCUUGAAAGAGAUAAAAGGUACAGAGAAAAAGAACAAGGUAGAUUUUGAGAGUAAAUGUGACAAAUACAGGGAGAUAAAAUGAAAACUAGUGGGGG